CACACUCUUAUCGCGCCUAUUCUACGUUCAGCUGGUCGCAAAGUCCGUUAGAAAGUUCACAUAACUGUUAUUUAUUUGUAGGGAAGCAAAUAACACAGGAAGGCUCGCCUGUUUAUAAAAGGCUGUGUUACAGCGUGCUAAAAAGCUGAGCUGAGCGAGGAACCGCCCUAAAGCCGGUGUUGUAACGUGAUCUAACACGCGGCUGUGAAUCCAGCGCUGCUCAUUCGCACUGCAGACCGUCUCGCAGGCUUUUUCGGCUAGACCAGCUACUGCGACCCUUAAAACUCCCGUUAGGCCCCAAGGGCGAAUAGCCAUAAAUACAUCAUCUGCUGCCAAUAUUUAAUAUCGCUGCAACCCAGGUCCCAUUUCGGAGUUUUAACAUGGAGAAGACGCUCUGGACAUGGACGCUUCUAGCGGUCUUUUCUCUGCUGGUAGUGAAAGGCAUGAGUCAGGAGCUAGACCUGGGAGAUGCAUUAGAUGAUGAUGACGAGGGACCAGCUACCAAGCCACCUAAAGUGGAUCCUGGAGCAGGCGUUGCUGGAGGAGUAGUAAAACCCACUCUUAAACCUGUUAAGCCCACAGUUAAGGAACCAGCAAAGCCUAAGCCCAAACAAACAGCAGAGACAUACACUGAUCUCUUUGACGCCACCAUUCGGCCAGCCCUGUUGCCCCGAACAACCCCUAAUCCUCUCCGAACCUCCGUUACCCCCCGGAAAACCCAGUCUGGUCUAGAGGACUUCGAUCUUGCAGACGCCCUAAACCCUGACAAUGACAUCAAAGGAAAGGGUAAAGACUCUGGCAAAGGUGAUAAAGAGGUCGGAGGAGGAAGCCGUGAUGACGGCACCCCCAAUAGCAGAGGAAGUCAAUUCUCAGAUGAUGACCUUUCGGAUGUGGGAAAUGAUAACUCUUACAAACCCGACAAAGGCAAAGGUGGAAAAGGUGGAAGUUCCAGCAAUGUUGGUGAUUUGGAUCCUGCUGACGACAACAACUACGACACCAUGGCUGAGACUGGCACCAUCGCUGGCAUCGUGAGCGCUGUAGCCAUGGCUCUGGUUGGUGCAGUGAGCGGCUACAUCUCCUACCAGAAGAAGAAGCUGUGUUUCAGCAUACAGCAGAGUCUGAAUGCAGAUAUGGUGAAAGCAGAUGCCCCAGAUGCUGUAGUCGCACAGGAGCCACAAGUUCAACAAACUCUUCUCCAGCCUCCCAACGCCGAGCCGCCGACCGAGGAAAAUGCAGUUUAAUCUCUAAUGUCCAAACUGAAGAGGGCGCAGUUCUAAAUUGUUGUUCUCCCAUUCGAAUGCCACUGUAUUUCCCAGCACAUUUGCACCACAACGCUCUUUUCCAAGUACCAAUGUGACUGUUUAAAUCAACCUUAAACAUAGUGUAAUAUCUUUUUAUUUAUACUAUUUGAACUGUUUAUAUGCAACAAUGCUAGUAAGCCUGUCUGCAAUAAUACUGCUCUGAAACGGAAAACAACCAGUAAUGAAUUGUAGCAUGACCUUCUGAGACCCCAGAAAUCAGAUUUGUUUUUUUUUAACGGAGCCCCACACAAACUGCGCUAGUUUUUUUGUUGAACAAAUUCGCUCAUAAUUCCUAUUGUGAACAAACGCGUAUUACUGAACAAUGAGAAGACUGACUAAUCCAAGGUUUACAGAAACGGCAGAUUGGAUAAUCAUAGAAAUAUGCUUUUAUAGGUCAAGACUGUGUAUCCCAUAUGUUUUCACAGCAAAACUGUGUGUUGUGGAAUCUGCGAUUGAAACAAGAUGAAGGAUUUGAGAAGUUUUUAGUUUCAUCGUGGUCUGUAUAUAUUUGCCUUGCUUUCACAGAGCAAUGUGAAAAGAUUGUUACACAUAUAUGCAGGUUUUUGUGUCUUAGCGAACUUUUUACUAGAGUGACUUUUGAGGAAAAAAAAAAAUGGAUGAACUACUCAAGUCAGAAACUAACCGACAGCUGCUUCCUUCUAAUUUGCUUUAAGAAAAAAAAAAAAUUGACUAAACUGUGAAGAUGUGAUGUGUGUUGAUGAAGAAACUUUUGUGUGUUAGCUGGAUGUCAGUGAUUGAGAUUCCUUCUUUUGAGGAAUAGAUGAAUUCGGCGUGAUCAGAUUGACUAGAUACAUUAGCGUCAAGUAAUUGUGGUCGGAAGUAACCGAAGUUGUGUUUUCAUGUUAGCGCAAUACAUAAAACAGCGUAGUAACUCUCGUAUCGCUAAUUCUGAUCACCUUUUUGGGGGGGGAUUUUAAGGGAUUAAUUAAUGUGCUUGUAUAUUGCAUACCGUUUUCAAGUUUGUACUCAAACCGUUGUAUCAGUGUAGCUCUAUUUACACUUGUAGCAGUAAAUGUACAUAAAUGUUUGUGCCCCCCCACUCUUUUUGGAUUACGGGGGAGUCAUUUUUUCGCCCUAGCGUAGUGUUUGUAUUGUUUGUAGCAUGUUUGAGCUUUAGCUUUGAGACAUUUUAGAGACCUGUUGCACCCUUCCUAGUUUUGCUAUUGCCUUAAUGAGCUGCUUUCCCACUUUGCUAAUUCGCCAAGAGUUUGCAGUUUACAGACUAAAUUUUUUACUGAUUUGGAAGGUCAACAUCUAAAACUGGCACAUAGAUUUAGCAAAACCACACUGGAAAGCAGCUCUGUCCUUUCCAUCCUCUCCCUCACUUGAGAUGCUCCAGAUUUUCCAGUAGCUGUUGUUUUUCACUGUGAAUUCAGGUGCACCUUUGUUACCCCAAGCCCUUGCCAAUGGUGCUUUCCUUCCCAAUGCCUUACCACGCUAACAUUAGGGAAGACACGCUAGCUUCGAACACGGCACUAAUAGUCACAACCAUUAGAAGGGCUGCCUCACUUGAAUGUCUACAAAUCACACGUACCAGGUUUAGUACGUUGUUCCAGUUUAAAGGUGCAGUCACAUUCUCCCAAACUACAAACAUGGCCAUUGGUUUAUGAAGCACAGCUAACAUAAAAGUCAAGAGACUAGUCAACAUGGGAUUGGCAUAGUUUAUGCCAACAAAAUUCACAUUUAUGUGGGUUUUGAAUGGAAAUGGCUGAAUUUAGCCAAUGAAAACUUGCUGGAAAUGGCAAAUGUAGCAUAUUUGUGUGACAGACUACUUUAAAUGUUUGGUCAUACAAAAUUUACGUCCAUAUGGGUUUCUAAUGAAAUUCUUGAGUUUAACCUGUGAAGGUUGUACUAAAGUGGGUAUAUUUCACUGUAAUUACAUGACAAGUGGAUUUUUUUUCCCCCAUUCAUGUUGGUUUCAAUUGAAAUGCAUAAAUUUCACAUGUGAAAUUUUGCAAAACAAUGUUAACUGUGGGAUAUCUACAUUAUAAACUUGUUAUGAAGACAAUAUCACAUUGAAAUGGUAGAAAUCUGACUAUUAAAAUGUGCCAAACAAUGGUCAAUGUGGCAUAUUUACUGACAAAUGAAAUUCUUGUACACACAAAACUCUGAUUUAAAUGUACUUCUAUUAAAACGAUUGUAUUUUGCCCUCCGAAAAUGGUAAAUGUGACUGCACCUUCACACUCUUUGCCGUUUGAACAGAUCCGAAAUAUUGUUUACUCACAUGCUCAAGAUUAAGCCGAAGUCUUGCGAAUGGUAAUGAUGUCAGAGACGUAACAGCGCAGAAUGUUGCCUGAUGCGUUUCUCGUUCCUUGCGUCCUACCAUGGUUAUUUGUACGGUGAAAACGAACAAACAGAAUGUUAGCUGAAUGUAAUUCUUUAUACGCUACCAGAACCAUGUAGCUUUUUUUGGUGCUACACUUGUCAGAAAUGAAGAACACCAAAGAUGUGAUGGUUUUUGCCUUUUUGCAUGCUCUUUGACUUUGGUGUGUGAGUCUAGUGAUCCGGUGGAAUGAAUCUGAAACAGCUGAGUAAAACAGCCUCGUUAAGGCAAAUGUGGAAAUUCACAAGUGUCUUGAACAUUUUCAACCACGGCAUCAUCACCUGUGUUGAACUGCUUCCAGAUUUGUUGCUUGGACACGUAAUGUGACUGUUAAAACCCUCCCUAGUUAUUUCAGUUGACCAUCUGCAUUUCUGGGUAACUAGUAGUUCAUACGAUGGCUGUUUUGUUUGCAAGGUUCUCUGGGCUCUCUGGUGUCGUCUGGCCAGUAUAGUCGCAAUUUUGUCAAAACAAGGGUGUGCGCGCAGAACUGUACAGAAAUGCAUGUUUGGAUUCUAGCUGUAGAUAUUAAAGGUUUUUCUUGUGUACUGGGUUUAUUUAUGAACCUGACAAAUUUGCUAUUUGGACAGACGUUUCUGAAGUGUCUUGAUUUGCACUGCCAGUUCAGCUCUUGCAUCAUGGAACUGCCACAGAUCCUAUUGCCAAUGCUGUAGGUUGUGUUUUUGUUUUCUUGCCGUCAUUCAAUGAAAUGAAAUCUGGAAAUGAAACAGCGA